AGCUACCACUAGAUACUUUCGGAAUCCGUAUUAGUAAUACCCAAUCUUGUAGGCUGCUGACAUGCACUGUACAUACAGUCACUGGUGUGUAUAGGAAAACCUUAGACAAAGUUAUUUACGCGUAUAAGAAUAGUUUUGUGGCGCUUUGACAAACAACGGUGAAUUAUACACCAUCUGCUGACAAGUUCAUAUUGCAGGCACGUCAAUCUGAAACUACGUUAACCCAUUGGUUGCAUUAUAUCACGUGUAUGGGUCUGAAGAUGGCGUCUCCGAAUGGAGGUGAUGAUUUUGAAUCCUCUCUGCUGAGUUUUGAGAAUCUGGAUAGAGCUUCUCCUGAUCUAUGGCCAGAGCAAAUGCCAGGCGUUGCAGAAUUUGCUGCAUGUUGCAAAAAUCCAAUUACCAAUUCUCCACCCAAAUGGAUGGCAGAACUGGAGAUUGAGGACAUUGAAAUGUUAAAAGAGCUGGGAAGUCUAACCACAGCCAACCUGAUGGAGAAAGUCAAAGGGUUACAGAAUCUGGCCUACCAGCUGGGCCUUGAGGAGUGAAUCUGGCUGGGCUCUGUGGAGUGUGGAGGGCUGGAUCAGACUCGUCAUGAUUGCUACCAUUCUACACACAGGGGAGCAGAGUGCGCCGGGGGAGAUGACGCGGCUGACACCCAGAUCACUCACUCCUGGUGGUGGGGCAGUGAUGUGGCACCAGUCAGACUGGUGGGGUGUUGAUUUUACAUCUAGGCAUGGCUAUACGCAUUUGGAGCCAUGCCUAGAUACAUAUCAGAUUUCUAUUUUGAAGAGUGGUUUGAAAAGUACAGGAUAUUUGUCUGGUUGUGGAGGACCUAUGUCAUUUUAUUUCACUGUCUACGUUAGUCCAAUGUUGUGUUGGUGUUUCCAGACCAAACCUGCCUGGGCUAAAUGAUAAUUUGACAGCAACAAGUAAACAGUGUGAAGACAUGACCCUCACAAUCUAUAAGGUGUCAUUUAGUAUGGAUGGCAGCUGUAACAAGUCACUGAUUAACUUGGUACAGAAUUAGUGAUUGACCUUUCUAAUCAACUAAACAAACCUCUAACUCCCUCUAAUCAGUGUUGAACAAUUCUGGCCUGAAACAGUGUGUAUGUGUUGUUAAGUGAAUGCACAAAUCUAUGUAAGUAUGCAUUUUGGCGAGAGGUCUCUGUGUGUGUGUGUGUUUCUGUCUGUCCAUCUGUCCGUCUAGUUGCCUGAUAGAGGCUGGCUAAUUAUUUUUGUCUGUCUGUCCGUCCAAGUGCAUGGCUGGCUGGUUCAUUUUUCCCCCGCUUUUAACCCAUUCCUGACUAUAAUACAUUUGUAUGAUUUCCUUUGGCCCUCCGAGCUUACUGAUCGACAAACCUGAAGGAAUGAUUGAAAUUGGACCAUAAUUUUGUCUGCCUUGUCAGUUUUUUUAUGUUGUGCCUUCUUUAAUUCUAUGACAAAUGGGGUCACUAAUUAUCAAGGGAAGUGCUUGCUCAGAAUCUGGCAAAGUCAUCUGGCACCAAAGUACACGCUUUGACUGUAAGAAGUAUUGAAAUAAAUUGACUUGUAGGCUGUGUUGCAGUUAACAUAAAUGGACUUGUAGGCUGUAUUCUUGUAAGCAAUCUGUUUUGCUUUGUUGCCUUUCCCUGGUAUGAGUCCUGAUUCAGCUGGAAGUGGUUUUGGAGAGCCAGUGCACCAGGACAGUGUAAGGGACAGAAAUCAGAGUUUUAUUGCCAAGUAUGUAUCACAGCAAACAAGGAAUUAGUUAGUGCAACAAUUUAUAUAAAAUAAAUAAAAACAGUGGACUGAGCAUAAAAACAGUAGACUGAGCAUUAAUAAAUUACAAAAUAGUCAAUUUCCAGGGUGACAGGGAUCAGCCACAAUCUCUACCGCUCGCAAUAAAUGGUUGAAACGCUGGUCAUUAAACAUCCCAUGGCACUUACAGUACUGUAAGAGUAGUGCUGUGAACCUCUGGAAAAUCUCUCAUUUUCCCCUCACAAUAUAAUGGCCAAUUAAUCAUUCCAAGCUUCCAAUUGGCCCAUAUAUCUCUUCUCCCUCACCUGUAAUAAGAAGUGAAUAAAUAGGUUCCAAAUGUAUGCAGUCAAUAAUAUAUGCAAGUCGCUCAGUCUGCAAAAUGACUAAAAUAUAUAUGUUUUCCUCACUGAUCUUUAGCUUACUGAAAUAUACAAAAUGCAUUUAGAGAUGUUAUUUGGUUGCAAGCUACAGUAGCGUGUUAAGUAGCUAGCCUUGUCUGCAUAAUGAAAGUGCGUUCAGUAGUGGUUAUAUAAGGUUAUUUCUUCACCCUGGCUAUAUAUUAUAUAUGAUUCCUUACCUGAAGUACAAAACUAAAUUCUUAAAGAAGUUUGAGUUCCUAUAGAGUUCACUGGAAAAUGCUGCUAGAAUUUUAACAUUUGAGUUUCAAGUGUUCAAAUUCCAAAUCAAUGAAUACAUACAUCAGCAGUCUAAGCAGAGAUGCCCAGACUUCCCUCUCCCCAGACACUUCCUCCAGCUCUUCCGGGGGGAC